CCGUCCCCUGCUGAUCUUUUGGCUUGUUUCCCAUCGACGUCAUUAUCAGCAUCACGGAUCACUUGUACUGAAAAGUACUAAGGCAACUAAGCAUAUUCUUUUGAUUGAAUACAUUGUCGAACUCUGAUGCUGUCGCCAUCCCAGCUGUGGUAUUGCGCCUUCGAACAUUGUCACGCCGCCCAAGAUACGUAGCCGAUCGAGAGCCCCCGUGCAGCUGCCAUGGCCAGUACAGAUGGCCAUCUCGCCGACGAGGCCGCACAGCCGCGCUCGAGGAAGCCCACAUUCAAAGUGAACGUCAACGGAAAUGAACAGACCGCCAAGUCGGUCCAAAGCUCUCACGACCGACUGAGUGUUUUGUCGAAAGGCAGUAACAGAGAUCGAUCUGGGUCAGCUCCACCCUCCGAAAAUGCACCGCCAUCAGUCAAGGCGACUUCCGCUGCGCGCCGCCAGAAUCGACAGAAAUCCAAGCGCAUGUUUCCUACCAUCGACUAUGAGGCUCGCGUCUCCUAUUUUGACCCCAGCUCCGACUACACCAACUUUAAGGGUUUCUUUGUGCUCUUCUGGGUUGGCCUGGCGAUUAUGGUCAUUACUCAGGUGUUGCGCAAUCUGCGCGAAAGCGGUACCCUGCUCAACUUCCGACAAUGGCCGCUUUUCCGAGAGAAUAUCGAGGAAUUGGCAAUCACUGACUUCUUGAUGUGCGGGAGCACGAUGGUUUCAUUAUCGCUACAACUUGUCUUCAAGGACAGUCCUGGGAUCUUGAAGUGGAGCAAGAUGGGAGUGUACAUUCAAAGUCUCUGGCAAGCGGCAUGGUUUUCCCUCUGGGUCAUGUGGCCGUUCCUGCGGGACUGGACCUGGACGGCGCAGGUCUUCUUCAUUUUGCACACACUGUGCAUGUUCAUGAAGAUGCACUCAUACGCAUUUUACUGCGGCCAUUUGUCGACAACUCUCUUUCGCCUGAAGCAGCUCGAUCUACCGAUUGGACCAGCAACACCUACAAAUGCGGCCUUCCGGUAUCCUUUGGCACGAACACGCACCAACGAUCUCACUGGACAGGAGACAGUCCUGGACGAUCAGUCGGAGCACCACCAGGAUGGGAACAUCUCCCCCAUCGUGCAACUGCGUGACGAUUUGGCCAUGGAGAUCACUUCACCGCUUGGUAAUGUCACGUACCCUGCCAAUCUUACCGUCUCCAAUUUUCUAGAUUUCCUCAUGGUCCCCACUCUCUGCUACGAGCUCGAGUACCCUCGGCGUCCCACACGCUCCUACCUCGAACUCUUCUGGAAAGCUCUAGCUGUGUUCGGCUGCGUCUUCCUGAUGAUCAUCGUCAGCGAAGAGUUUAUCAUCCCGAUCCUUGACGAAUCUCAGGCGCGCCUCGCCGUCAGCCGGACAUCCAUCGACAACGCUCUCAUCUUUGCCGAGACCGUGUCCCGGUUGCUGUUCCCUUUCAUGAUCACCUUCCUACUCGUGUUCCUCAGCAUCUUCGAAUAUGUCCUCGGUUUCUUUGCAGAGAUUACUCGUUUCGCCGAUCGGAGAUUUUAUUCGGAUUGGUGGAAUUCAUUAGAUUGGCUGGAGUUCUCAAGGGAGUGGAACAUCCCGGUGCACAACUUUUUCCGACGCCAUAUAUACGGCGCCUCUCGUGGUGUCAAGCUAAGCCGUCCCGCGGCCACCGGCAUCACGUUCUUUAUCUCAGCGCUUGCUCAUGAGUUAAUCAUGGGUAGCAUCACACGAAAAUUCCGCGGCUACGGCUUCUUCCUGAUGAUGUUGCAGAUGCCUCUCGUUCUGAUUCAGCGCAUGCCAUUCUUGCGCAAUCAGCAAUUACUCAAGAACAUUAUGUUUUGGAUAUCCAUGAUUACUGGUCUGAGUUUGUUGUGUGCGCUAUAUGUGCUCGUUUGAGAUCGUUCACGACAAGACAAUCUACCUAGGUAUUAUGGGAAAAGAAGGGACAGUCCGAGCGUCCUUCCCUCCAAGUCAGCAAUGAACAAGCGUGGAAAAGCACCACAAUGCUACGAAUAAUGCGUGUGCGAGGUCCAUGUUGGCUUGCGCUCUAAUCGGUGAAGACUUCAGCUGGAGAUCAUUGAGAUAUUCUCCCCUACUGUACUUCUAAUACCAAUACUCUCAAGUUUUCUGUGCAGAAUACCUAGGUAAUGUCGAUUUUGUGUGUGAA